AUGGCCCUUGGAGGACUCCAGUCAGAGGAGCUCGAUCAGGACAGGGAAGGCCCAGAGGAUGGGGAUGCAGAGGAGAAGGAGGCAGAGGAGAAGGAGGCAGAGGAGAAGGAGGCAGGGCAGAGGAAACGUGCCCGGGGGCAGAACAAGAGCAGACCCUGCAUGAAACCCAAGCAGUACGAGCAGCACAGGCUGUGCCCCUCGGUGACACAGGGACGUGCAGAGAAGUGUUUCUUCGGCCAGCGGUGCCGCUUCCUUCACCAGGUGGGCGAGUACAUGGCCACCAAGCCAGCUGACCUGGGCCACACCUGUGUGCUCUUUGAGACCUUUGGCAAGUGUCCCUAUGGUGUCACCUGCCGUUUUGCCCAAGCCCACCUGGGGGAUGGUUACCAGAACAUCAUCAAUGAAGACCUGGCCAAGCAGUGGGAAGGGAAGUCGCCGGUGAGGAACAACCUCUCCAAGGAGCUCCAGCAGCAGCUGCGCAAGAGGAGGUUCAGCUUCAAGAAGGCUGAGGAGUAUCUGAGGGGUCUGGCCAAGCUUCGUGGUGAUGCAGAGCGGGGAGAAGAUCCCAAAGCCUUGCAGAGUCCUGGCCCCACAAGUGGUGAGGAGGUUUCUUCUUCCAUCCAGACAGUGGGGCCAGUGACAGAUGAAGACCUGAUAAAGCUGAGGUCAUGUGAGAAGAAGAAGCUGGAAAUCCAAGGCAAACUCUACUUGGCUCCGUUGACCACGUGUGGGAACCUCCCUUUCCGAAGGAUAUGCAAGAGUUUUGGGGCAGAUGUCACCUGUGGGGAGAUGGCUGUGUGCACAAACCUGCUGCAAGGACAGUCCUCUGAGUGGGCUCUCCUGAAAAGGCAUCAUACUGAAGAUAUUUUUGGGGUUCAGCUGGAGGGAGCAUUUCCAGAUACGAUGACCAAAUGUGCAGAGCUCCUGAACCAGACAAUUGAAGUGGACUUUGUAGACAUCAAUGUGGGGUGUCCUAUUGACCUGGUCUACAAGAAGGGAGGAGGAUGUGCCCUGAUGACUCGGUCCAACAAGUUUGAGCAGAUUGUCCGAGGGAUGAACUCGGUGCUGGAUGUGCCACUGACUGUCAAGAUCAGGACAGGGGUGCAAGAAAAGAUGAAUGUGGCUCAUAAAAUCAUCCCCAAGAUCCGGGAGUGGGGAGCAUCCCUGGUCACGCUCCACGGCAGGUCCAGGGAGCAGCGCUACACCCGGGGAGCUGACUGGGCCUACAUAGCAGAGUGUGCUAAAAUUGCCACCCCCAUGCCCCUGUUUGGAAAUGGUGACAUUUUGUCAUAUGAAGAUGCUAAUCAGGCCAUGGAGACAGGGGUUUCAGGAGUUAUGAUUGCAAGAGGGGCACUCAUCAAACCCUGGCUUUUCACUGAAAUUAAGGAACAGAGACACUGGGACAUCUCCUCCAGCCAGAGGUUUGAUAUCCUCAAAGACUUCACCAACUAUGGCCUUGAGCACUGGGGGUCGGAUACUCAGGGAGUGGAGAAAACCAGGAAGUUCCUGCUGGAAUGGCUCUCAUUCCUGUGCAGGUAUAUUCCUGUUGGUUUAUUAGAACACCUACCUCAGAAAAUUAAUGAGCGACCACCUUAUUACAUGGGGAGAGACUACCUGGAGACACUGAUGGCCAGCCAGAAUGUGGAUGAUUGGAUUAAAAUAAGUGAGCUCCUUCUGGGACCUGUACCUUCCAACUUCACCUUCCUGCCUAAACACAAGGCCAAUUCCUACAGGUAG